GACCGCGUCGCUGACGCGUUCCGAGUAGUUCACCACGUGUUCCUUAGCGGAGUUUUUGUUUUUGUGUGACCCGCGGCAGGAUGAAUCGCCGAACGAGCACCAGUUGAUAGAAGCUCCAAUUUCCCCCAUAGGUCGAAUAGUAAUCAGAUUAUAGUCUAUAUAUGUGCGUGUGAAGAAUGAUACUGCCUAGAUACGACCGAGCUGGUGCUUGUCCUUGCUCCAGGUCGAGGCGCAUUUUCCACGGGAAUGCAGAAUAGUACAGAAGAAGAGCUUUCCAGUGAUGGACGACCUCGGAGGCACGGUCUUUCCAGAUCUCGAAGUUUGCCGCAACUUUCUCAUCACGAUUCCGGGCUUGGCAGCUACUACGGGGGAUCAGGUGCUGACGACGUACCAGUUAGUCGUGCAGCAAGACUCGUAGCAGAUUUACGACAACUUUUAACGUUAAAACAACAUUAUUAUCCCGAAGGAGGUUGGGGCUGGGUAGUUCUAAUUUGCGCGGCAUGCGUUCAUAUUUUGGGACAUGGCAUGCUCACCUCAGUCGGAAUGUUUUACAUGGAAAUCCUUAAAAAGUUCGGAUUCCACGAAAAAGGAUCUGCAGGAUGGCUGGGAGCGAUGUCCACCGGUGUGGCUUUACUCAUUUCCCCCGUGACCAUCGCUUUCUGUAGGCGUAAGUCUACUAGAGUAACUGCAGUCAUGGGAGGACUUAUCACCGCUUUGGGAUGUCUUUUCACCUCAUUCGCCACGCAAUUCCAUCAAUUAUUCUUCAGUUAUGGUACAGUUGUUGGUAUAGGAGUGGGGAUAACUAGGGAUUGCUCUACGUUGAUGGUGGCGCAAUAUUUCAAAAGAAGGAGGGAGUUUGUUGAAAUAUUUAUUGUCUCAGGAAGUGGACUUGGAAUUGCCAGUAUGUCGCUAAUUAUAAAAAGUACCAUAGGAGCACUGGGAUGGAGGUUAGGUCUUCAAGUGGUAACAGGUGCGAUAUCUGUAACGUUCAUCUUAGGUACUUUUUACCGUUCGGCUUCUCUGUACCACCCCCAACGCCGAGCCAUCCUCCACAUCAAAAACCAAAAGAGGAAAAUUAAAGAUAAAAACAAAAUAGAAGAUAAAGUACCGUUCUUCGACUUCAGUACUCUUAAAAGUAAAACCGUCCGUAUUCUAUUAAUUUCCACGGGGAUCAGUGCCUUCGGUAUUAACACACCCCUAUUCUACUUGGCUUACCAAGCCGAAGUCGAAGGUUUGGGCGACUCUACUAUAUUUUUGCAAGUCUAUUUAGGGCUAGCUUGGACUGUGGGUUGCGUAGUCUUCAGUACGUUGGUACUUCAUAAUUCCACCGAAUGCAGAAUUGCCAGGCAAUACCUUUGCCAAACAGCUGUUUUUAUGUGUGGGUUGUCGAUAUUAGCGUUUACUGUCGUUAGUGGUAAUUACCACGCCUACGUUAUGUUCGCUUGGAUAUAUGGUAUAUUUUGUGGGGGAUACCAUUAUUCCCUGAAGAUGUAUACGUAUGAACGUGUAAGGGCACGAAAUUUCGCUAGAACUUGGGGAUUUGUACAAUGUUCCCAAGCGAUACCCAUUGUGAUUGGAGUUCCAUUCUCUGGUUACAUGAACGAAAAAUGCGGAGACCGCGCGGGCUACUACUUCAGCUCAACUUGCGUUCUAGUGGGUAGCCUCACGCUCUUUCUCAUAGAUCUCCAUAGGAGGAAAAUAGCGCGUCAUAAACAUACUAGAGAAAACGGCACUAGACAUCUUUGCGUAUCCGAAACUUGCCCGCAAAGAAGGAAACUGUCGUUUUCUCAAGAACCCGAUAAUAACGAUGGCGGCGUCACAAUGGGGGCGGCCGCCGCUGCACUGGUGCUCGGUACCGACGUGGGAGCUAACCAGGGCGGCGGUGGAGGACUUUUAGAUAAUAUUAUUUUGUCGAAUGACAAACCCGAAUUAACUUGUAUUUCUGAAGAAGGUAUAGCCGAUAUGGACCUUCCAGAUAACUUGUUAGAUGAUUUGGACUAUAUAGGAGACUGUAUUACGUCGUGUAAUAAAGUAGAAAAUUAUUUAAUGCUUAGCGAGUUCGAAAAUAAUUUAAUAGCCGAAAUGCCUGUGAUAUUGGACAGGAAAGGGAGACGUUGGUCGUUGGCUAGAUCGAAACCGACACAGACCAACGACGAAACCAUCAACGAAGAAGAAAACGGCCUCAACAAAAGCGGAAACGGAAAAUGGAAAGUUUUUCCUAAUAGAGUUAUUACAGUUAUAGACGAAUCCUCGGUUUAGAUUAAUAUUAAAAAAAAUGGAGUGUUUGAAUUGAAUAAUUAUAGUUUGUUUAUGGUGAAACGGUUUUCCAGAAUAAAAUCGAGAUGUACAAAGUACGAAAUUGUGUAAGUCAUAAUUCAUAACCUAUUUUUCUUGUUGUCUUAUUUAUUUUUACGAAAUAUUUUAAUGUUUCCAGUAGAAGUACAAUUUUACGCGGUAUUAAUAGAAAUUUGUUAGAAAGUAUCAACUUUCCAAAUAAUUUUUUCGAGCUUCAAUACACUUAAAAUAUUCAAUCAAUAAUAAAAGUAAUAAUAGAAGCAAUAAACUUACCUGGAACGUGUUAAAAUGUAAACACACCUUUAGCACUAUAAAUAUUUUUCACAAAUUCUGCUAUUUUCAUUAUUUUAAACAGAAAUAAUGUUUUUGUUUAAUUUUUUUAUUAUAAUCAACAAAUUUAUCUAGAAGAACAAUGUUAACGUGAUGGCGGCUAACCAACAACUAACCAUGUCAUAGAAAUCUAAUUUUUAUAACUUCACAUUGUUGUCACUACUUUCAAUUUAUCAAUAUAUCCAUAAAAAUUAUGCCACUAUUAUCGGUUUUUAUUUCAAUUGUAGUUCUUUAAGAAAAUUUCAUAGCUUGAACAUUUGAAAACUAUUAUUUUGAAAUAUGGUAUAAAAUAACUAUCGAUUAAUAUGAAAAAUAAAAUAUAUGUGAGAAAAUCUGUUUUAUUUAAAAACUAUCUAGCUGAAAAACGUUUUUCCUUGAACAAACUAUAAAAAAAAUGUCUAUUUAUUAGGUUAGACUUGAUAUAAACUAAAACCAACUAAACUUGCAAUCACGAAAUUUAAAAAAAAAGUCUGAUAAAAUUCCGAAAAGAUUUCUUCGAUUUGGUGAAAUUUUUGGCAAAAAAUUUUCCCCAGUCCCCUCCAAAGUUAUAAACAUUUUACGAAAUAUCUCCGAAAAUAUUGAUUUUAGGGAAAAAAGUUUUCAACAAACAAGGAAGCUCAUAAAAAGCUCUUUAAUAAAGGUUAUACACCAUUUUUAUCUAAACUUAUGCUUUUGGUUGUUAUGAUCCACAACAUAUCGACAGAGGUCAAAUUAACUAACCUAAUGUCUUCGAGUUUUUAUUUUAAAAACUCAAUUUCGUUUUAAUCAAAUUGAAACUUAAUUUGACAAGUUUGAGUGUCGAUAUUCUCGUUUGAAUCGAAUUUUAAACUCUGUUUCGAUGUCCAUAUCCCAAAAAUUCUGAUUUUAGCACUAGAUUUUUACUUAAAAGCCCUUCUAGAAGUUUCAAGAUCCAAAAAAAGUCUUUACGGCCUUAUUUAAUUGAGCUAAUUCUCAUUUGAAAAGAAUUUUAAACUGUUUUCCAGGUCUAUAUGCCAAAAAUUCUUUUAUUAGCACCAGCUUUCUUCUUAAAAGUUGUUCUAAAAGAUUCUAGAUACAAAAGAAUCUUUAGAAACGUGCUUAAUGAAAGUAGUCCCUCAAUAUUCGUUUCAAAUCAACGUUUCUAGGUUUUUAUCUCUAGAAAUGAUUCUGGAAGAGUCCAAAGAAUCGUCACAAAAUAGGAAGAAGUUCUCCAAUUUUCAACACUUAUAUUUGAAUAAAAUCUUAUACCCUCUUUCACAAUUUGAAACAAAUAGUUUCUAGUGAAUUCAUCCUGUCGAGAUAUUUCAAGUCAUAACAGCCAAAAGAAUAGUACUACAUAAAUCUAAAAUCGAUAUUUUUGGAGAUAUACGACAAAAUUGUAGGAUUCAUCUUUUCAUAACUAUACCCAAAAAACCUAUGAAAUAAUCUUAAAAUAAUUGGAAAAAAAACAAUUCCCUAGAGUCGAAUAAAUGAUCGAAAGUAAUAUAAAACGUUUUAUUUUUAAUAAAUUGACUGAAAUUAUUGCGUGCCUUGUGGAAUUAUGAAGAUUGGUAGCGUUCAACCAAAGUGAUUGUGAGUUUAAUUCGGUUUAGACAAUUGUUAAACAAACUCGUUUAGAUAUAAUAUUUCUAGUAUUUAUGAAGAGAUAAAUGACUUACAUACGUUAUUAUAUUAAGACUACCUCUUAACUGAUGCCAUAAAAACGCGUUUUAUUCAUUGUACAACCAUGGAAUAAUUUAUUCACAAAAAAAUUGUUCUUGGAGCUAAUAUUUUUUCAUUUUUUUUUUGAUGGAUUCAUCUACUUUGAGAAAGUUAUACAACAACAUAUUUAUAAACAAAAAUGUUAAAUCGUGACAGCUGGAGAUAGGAUUGAAACACGUCACACCGGGAGGUUAAUUCUUCUUCUUUUUUAAUCUUGGCAGUUCAUUUGUUACCAUAGACAAACUAAUAUUGAUUAAUAUAAAUCUUUUUUUAUUGACUUUUCAUACAAACCAAUAAGUUGGUGUAUUAUUUUCUUUUAAAAGCCCUAUAUGGUUCUACUAACGUAAAUUGAAAUAAAGUUGGUUAAAAUUUUAUGAACAGUGAUAUUCAUACUUAACCACACCGACAAUUACACUAUUUGGUUUUAAUCCCUGAACGUCUGUUACAGAGUGUAAUUGUGAAUGAUGGUGUAGUUCUAGUGUAAACAGUCUAUUUAGUAUUUUGGAACUGAUGUCAAAUUAGUAAAACAUGCUUAAUUAAUCUCAUUGGUAUUUUUUUGAGGUUAUAUUUCAUUAUCCGACUUUUGAUGUUUUUUUAAACGUUUCGGUUACUAUUAUUCUUCAUCGGGUUUGUUGUAUAACGAAAAAAAUUGAAUAAAUUGGUAUUUAUACGCCCAUUUUUGUAAAUAAUAAUUUUUGUGUGUAUCUGUAGACAAAUACUGUGUAGUUAUUAUUAUUUAUAUAUACAUUAGUAAUAUAAUAUUCGAAACAA